ACUUGCAUGGGGUUCACGAUACCGUGUCGGUAUAGAAUGAAUAUUUUCAGCAAACACAGCCUUGCAUAGAAAACCUUAAGAUUAUAUAUCAAUUAGCCUAUACUGCUUAUGACAAAAUAUAAAGUAAAAGGAUGCCGCUUGUGGUUUUCAUAACGGGAUGCUCGUCUGGCAUCGGGCUGACUACAGCUGCAACACUCGCCAAAGAUCCAUCCAAACGGUUCCUAGUUUAUGCUACAAUACUAAAGGUCUUUGAAGAAGAAACACGAUUUCAAGAAGCCGUUGAUGGAAAGCAGAUUCUGGAUCAGACGUUGUUUCCGAUCCAAAUGGAUAUCACCAACGAUGAGUCAGUAAGGGAUGCAGUUGCCACGGUGAUGAAGCAACAAGGACGGAUAGAUAUUCUCGUGAACAACGCAGGAGUGGCGAUGAUAAACGUUUCAGAGACGGCUUCGGUUGAACAAGCCAAGAAAUUAUUCGACAUCAAUUUCUUCGGUAACUUCCGUGUCACAAAGGAAAUACUUCCGGGGAUGAAGAAACAGAGGUCCGGUCGCAUUAUCAACAUUUCAAGUAACAAUGGAAUAUUUUGUAACCCUUAUUUGGGAUUAUAUGCAGCAACUAAGCAAGCUAUUGAAGCUUUCAGUCAGGAGACAGCUAUUAUCGGUCGCUUCUUCGACAUAUGGGUAAGUGUUAUUGAGCCUGGUCCCGUUGACACCCCUAUCCGAGAGACGAUAAUAUCCAGUGGGAUGGGAGGUGUAGAACAUAUCUUGCAGACUCCAGACAUCGAUGACCUCGAUAAACGCCUAGUCAGGUACUUCGAAGUCGAGAGCGAGUACCACGGUCAUCCGAUGCAACAGCCUGAGGAAAUCGCUGAGAUCGUCAUCGAAGCGGCCACCGCAGAGAAACCCCAUUUUAGAUACCAGUCAUCAAAGGUGCCUUCGUGGGCUCAAGCAACGGACAAUGCACAUGCUCAAAACUGCGGCUUGCUCACCCUUCAAUACACAAUAAGCGGACUUCCUUUGCCUCUUCUCUCAUCACGCUCGUAGGUUCCUUGAACCGCCUUUGUGUAUCGUGCUUUGUAUGUUGUAAGUUCCCUUUCUGUUCGUUUUUGCUUCAGUACCUCUUCUCAUUGUAUCUGUUCCUGACCGGGACUUGUAUUUCAGAUUUCACUGUUCCUGUUAUAGACAUUUUAAUGUCAUCUAAACAAAAAAAUGCGUUUUCUGAUUUUUCUUUAAUAUGGCAAAUUCGGUAGAUACACCAUUCAAUUCAAUUAACGAUGAUGACUUUCUUGACCUGUUUAGACCACCAUUAGUAGAAGGUGAAUCAAACAUAAAUCCCUAUGUUACUUCCUUUGAAAAUCAUGUUACAGACAAAUUUAAUUCAUCGUCACAAGAGUUGAAUUAUGAUUUUGACACUGAUAACCAAUUUCAAAGUCCAUGUUCUGAAUACGUCACCCACAACCAGUUUAAUAAUGUUGUUAAGGAAUUUGAUAACUCCUCUUUUUCUCUUAUACACCUUAAUAUUAGGAGCAUUAAUAAACACUUUGAUGAAUUACGGUUACUUUUGAAUAAUCCCACCAUGCAAACAUUUUCAGUAGUAGGUCUAACCGAAACAUGGCUUUCUCAUGAUUCAAGCCUUCCAUUCGCUCUCGAUGGAUAUGAUCUUUUAGUUAACAACAGACAAAAUAGGAUGGGUGGGGGCGUUGCGUUAUAUGUUUCACAAUCCUAUGAUUAUGUAGUUCGAGACGAACUUAACAGCAUGACUGAUACAAUUGAAUCUCUUUUUAUUGAAAUUACUAUCCCUAACAGCAAAAACAUUAUCAUAGGUGUUAUAUACAGGCCUCCGAGUUCGAAUAUUAAAUCAUUUUUAGAUCAUCUCUCAGACUUAGUUAAAAAUCCAAUUUUUGAUAAUAAAAAUUGCUUUAUAAUGGGCGAUUUUAAUAUUGAUUUAUUAAAACAAAAUAAUGUCACACAAGAUUUUUUGGAAACAUUUUUAUCCGCUUCUUACUUACCUUUAAUAUCUAAACCCACACGCAUAGUCAAUGAAUCCGCUUCUCUUAUUGAUAAUAUUUUCUGUAACGUUCUUCCCCCACCCGAUUCCUUCAUAUUACUCUCUGAUAUCACUGAUCACUUCCCUGUCUCGACUAAUUUCUCUUUAAAAGACAGAUUCAAUAACAUAUAUAGCCGUCCAUUAAAACGAAGAAUAACACACGAAAAUAUAGCUCGUCUGGGUGCUAGUUUAGACGAUGUUGAUUGGUCUUGUGUCUUUGAUAAUAAUGACGUAAACUUGUCCUUUGAAAAUUUUAUGAACAUUUUUAAUUUACACUUUGACACUCAUAUUCCAAAACUUAGAGAUAAGACAUCUAACUACAAAAAAAUCACCGAAGCUCCCAUGGAUUUCCAAAUCGCUCUUGCGUUCGAUAAAUAGGAAGAAUAAUUUGUAUUAUAAACAUAAAAUGAAACGCUCUGAGCAAUCCAAACUUAAAUAUACUUCUUACAAAAAUACAUUGACAAAAAUUAUACGUUUAGAAAAGAAAAGAUAUUUUACAAACCAGUUACAACUUUACAAGCGUGAUAUGCAAAAUACUUGGAAAGUUUUAAAACAAGCAAUGAAUAUAUCAAAUAACAAAUCUAAUAUUACAAAAAUUAGAUCUGGCGAUGUUAUUUUUGAAGAUUCCCACCAAAUUUGUAGUAUCCUGAAUAAUCACUUUUCUUCAAUUGGGGAAAAUCUUGCAAGUAAUAUUCCUCCCGCAACAAAACACUUUUCUGAAUUUUUAGGCCCACCAAAUUCUAGUUCAAUGUUUCUCGCUCCAACUUAUAAUCAGGAGAUAAUUAAUAUUGUCUCUGAUUUUAGUUCUAAAAAAAGUACAGGACAUGAUGACAUCAAUAAUUUUCUUCUUAAGGGGGUAAUAUCGUCAAUUGCGGAUCCCCUAACUCAUAUUUUCAAUCUGUCACUUCUUAACGGCAUUGUCCCCGAGAGCAUGAAAAUUGCAAAAGUCAUUCCCUUGUUUAAAAAGGGUGAUAAAUUAGAUGUUAAUAAUUAUCGCCCUAUUUCUUUGUUAUCUACAUUGUCGAAAAUACUUGAAAAGAUUAUUUAUAAAAGAACUGUAAAUUUUUUCAAAUCAAAUAAUAUUCUUUCAAAUUCCCAAUUUGGAUUUAGGGAAAAGCAUAGCACCACACAUGCUUUAUUAAGUUUCAUUGAAAAAGCGGCACAUUCAAUCGAUAAAUCUUCUCAUUUAAUUGGUUUGUUCCUGGACUUCUCCAAGGCCUUCGACACCAUUAAUCAUGAUAUUUUACUUAACAAAUUACAUCAUUAUGGAGUGCGUGGGAAGGCCUUGGAGUGGUUCAGGAGCUACCUCUUGAAUAGGAAGCAAUAUGUCUUUUUAAACGCGGUUGCAAUUCUCAAAUGAAAAAAAAUAAUUGUGGAGUUCCCCAGGGUAGUAUUUUAGGCCCGAUUUUGUUUAUAGUUUAUAUUAAUGAUUUUUGUAGAUCAUCAGACGUUCUUUCUUUCAUUCUCUUUGCGGACGACUCUAACUUAUUUUUUUCACAUAAAAAUCCUCUUCACCUUGCUAAUAUAAUCAACUCUGAACUAGAAAAUGUUACCGAAUGGAUAAGAGCAAAUAAAUUGUCACUAAAUCUUCAAAAAACAAAAUACAUGUUGUUUAGCAACUCCAUAAAUACACUUCCUGUUGAUAUUAUUUUGGAUGGAACUCCCUUGGAAAAUGUAUCCCAUAUUAAGUUUCUUGGAAUAACAGUCGAUAAUAAGCUCUCAUGGAAAUUUCACAUAGAUAACAUAUGUAAAACUAUUUCACGCAACAUUGGUAUAAUUAACAAGCUUAAAUUUUGUUUACCAUUAUCGUCCCUGCUUACAUUAUAUUCAUCCCUUAUAUUGCCUUAUUUAAAUUAUGGAAUUUUAGCGUGGGGUAACACACAACAAACACUCUUAGACAAAUUACUCCUAUUACAAAAGAAGUCUCUACGUAUUAUAUGUCACACGGCAUAUUUGUCUCAUACUGACCCAUUAUUUUUUUAACAUAGAAUAUUGAAAAUUAAGGACUUAUAUUUGUUUAAUCUCGGUCAGUUUAUGUAUAACUAUAACAACAACAACCUCCCAAAUGUAUUCAAUUCAAUGUUUCCAAAAAAUCAAUCCAUUCACAACUAUCCAACAAGGCGAUUGGGUGAAUUUCAUUUACCACUUUUAAGAACCUUGCGGGCUCAGAACACAUUUAUAUACGAUGGACCGAAGUUAUGGAACUCACUUCAUAAUGAUAUAACAAAUGCAAAAUCUUUGAACUCUUUUAAGACUAAAUUCAAAUUAUCUCUAUUAAAACCUUAUAAUAUACUCCCAAAUUAAUUUUAAUUCAUCAUUUCUGUCAAGUCAUCAUCAUUAUUAUGUCAAGUCAUCAUCAUUAUUACUUUAAACUAAAAUUAAAACAUAAAAUUAUUAUCCUUUUUUUUAUUAAAAAAAUCUGACACAAGUCCUUCUCAGAUGUGCUCAUUAUUGUGUCUAUCCUCUCCUCUAUUUUCUCCUCUCCAGUCCGCUUAUCCGCCUUCCUACCGGUUAUUUGUUUAACGGCAUCAAUCACAUUUUUCGUGCAUUAUAUUCUUUCCAGGUUAUUUUAUAUAUUUUUUCUCCUCUUAUACACAUCAUUGAAUCCAGUUUGCUUGAGUCCACGACGGCAUGUGUUCUAUCUACGUACAGCAGCACCCAUCCAUCUUCUCAGGGCAUUCUCCCCCUUUUUUUUCUUCUCAAGUUUUUCUGGGGGGGGGGGGGUGGGAAGGGUAGAUAUUUUUAGGACGGGUUGUUUUGUCCUUCACCAAACUGUAUAUUUUUUAUUACUUUGUAUUUAUUUUGUGAGUAUUUCCCUCUCAUUUAUUCAUUCUUUUCUCAUUUGAUUAUCUGUAUUUAUACUUUGUUAUUUUGUUAUUUGUUGUGUUAUCUAUUUCUUGAGGGGCCCACAUUGUACAAGCAUUGCUUUUUAGUGGGUCCCUCCAUUUCCAUCUUAAUUUAAUUUCUAUUGAAAAAUAGUAUAUAUAUUUAAAACCUACAAUGUGUUGCCCAAAUCGUCUAAGUGUUUUUUUUUUCACUACAUAUGUAUAAUUAAUUUUGUUUGCAACGGAUACAAAUAUUUAUGUUUUAUAUAUGGUAUACAAUUUGUUUUUGUUUGAUGGAAGUGAAAUAAAUGAAUUUG